AUGAUGGCCUCACACCCCACAACGGCUGCAGGCGCUAACGGUGAUACUCCAUCUACGCAGCCAACUUGCCAGAAUUGCGGUACUUCAACUACUCCGUUAUGGCGUCGCGACGAGACGGGAUCCGUCCUAUGCAAUGCCUGCGGCCUGUUCUUGAAGCUGCACGGCCGCCCGCGUCCGAUUUCCUUGAAGACCGAUGUUAUCAAGAGCCGAAAUCGCGUAAAGACAAUGCGCCCGGACAUGCAGGUAAAGAAAAAGCAGAGCCUCCCUGCCAGUACCAACGGUAACAACUUCAACCAUGAUAAUGCAACCGCCGCCCUUGCCGCCGUUCGCGCGAACCAGCAGAAUGCCACAAACGGACAUGGCCACGGUACAGACUCGCCCGUGUCGCGCACAGCGACCCCGUCUCUAUAUGAUCCCCAUCUGACUGCUUUCCAAGCUAUGGAUCAUUUCCAGUCGGACGGUCUAACUCAGUACCCCAUUCCCGAUGGCUCUCCUAGCCACCAGUCCCCUAUGAACGGCGACCAGCAGAUCACCGACGUCCCGCAGACUCACGAACAGUUAAUUGCCGCCAACUCCAGCCUGAAGACGCGCGUUAGCGAGCUCGAACUUGUCAAUGAGCUGUACAGAGGCCGAUUGCAACAGUUGGAACAGGAUAUGCAGACCGCUGAUAACUACCGCCAUUCUGCCGAGAACUCUGCGAAGGAAGCAGCCACAGAGCGCAUGCAACGUGAAGAGAUCCAGCGACAGCUGGAGGAUAGCCAUAGGCGAGAGAACAUCCUCAAGAGGCGACUCGAUGAGAUGGAGCAAGAGAACCAGGAACUGAAGAUGAAGGUAGAGGAAUCCGAGUCCGAGCGCGCUGCGAAGAAGCCCAAGCUGGACCUGGACGAGGCGAAAGUUGAAGAGACAGAAGUGCCGACACCGCAAUCUGCAUCCUAGGAAGCAGCUUGGAUCCUUCCCGCUUACGUUCAGUGAUACCUUUUUACUAUUCGUUUCCUAUCUGUAAUAUUAUCCUCUCACGACUUUCCUUGCGUUAAUUUUUUAGUUUUCUUUGUUCCGCAAAUACAGACAUAGGAGGAUGCAGAGGCAUAUCGGACUCAGGCAGGUCUACGGCUUCAUUAAUUAGUUGAUGUGGAACGAGGAACUCGCAACGGUCGCCUUUCGCAUCGGCACGGUCAAAAUCUUGAGCAGUAUUACUAUUGAGAGGUGGAUAAACUUCAUCAUGAUGUUGGGACGGCUUGGUCUUUAUGGCUAUCAACCCCAUGGUAGUUAUUAGGAGGACGGGGAAUACGAAAGGAGUUCUAAGGAGUCACCAAAGUUGCCGGAUGCUAACCCACCGGCUAAUGGUCAAUAAAAGUUCAAUUGCAUUUCUGACAAUGAUGCUAGAAACUGUCCUUCGUCUAUAAUUAUUUUGGUCCCGAGCUACCAAGUGAGAUGAGAUAAACACGCUGAACGCUUGAGCUUGGAAAUAUGUGUUACCUCGAAGAUAGACUUUCAAAUAAUGG